CACCAAUUGCACGCACCACGCGCUGAUCUCGUCACUGCUUCGCUCGCGUCACGCCCGCCCGCAUACUCGCGUUGUCUAUGUUGUGUCAUUGCCAGCUAGCGACGUGCCGUUUCCUCUCGACUCGCGAGCUUCUCCUCUGAUCCGGGACUCAGGCGUCGCCGGCUAUUGUCAACGCUGGGUUGGCGCCAUUACGAAUCGUCUGACGAAACAGAGCCACCGAUCGCACCACCACCGCGCGCAGCGGACCCCACGACAUAAUACAAGGGCAACACCUGCUCUCCUUAUUCUUCUUCAUUUCUCCCCCCCCCCGGCGAGGCGGACAGCAUGUCGCUCUUCGGAUCAACCCCGCCCGACCACGACGGGGGCGAGCCAACAAUGGCUUCGACUCCGCGACGUCAGAACAAGGCCCGAGGCGGCGGCGGCGGCGGCGGCCUGUUCGACGAGCCGUCCUCCUCGCAGCGGACCUCGUCCUCCAAUGGCCUCUUCGACGAUCACGACGGCGGCGGCGGAGGCGGUGGCGGCGGAGACGAUUCCUCGCCCUGGGACAUGCCCACGCCGCGCCGGCAGCGCAGCCGCGCCGACGUGAUCCGCAACCUGCUCCCGCCGUCCGACGUGCCCGACUCGUACAUCGAGACGUUCGACGCGGUACUGCGCGACGACGAACACGACGGCGGCGGUAGCGGCGGCUGCGUCACGUCGGGCGGCGUCGCCAAGCUCUUCGCCAACGCGCGACUCGGACCUGAAGCCCAGACGCGCAUCAUGUCCCUGGUGGCGCCUGGCGACAGCUCCGACGUGUCACUCGGGCGGAACGAGUUCAACGUCGUGCUGGCACUAGUCGGCCUGGCGCAAGAGGGCGACAUCAUCAGCCUCGACGGCGUGGACGAGAGACGCGCAAACCUGCCGCAGCCCAAGCUCCCCGGCCUCACCGCCGAGCCCGUGCUGCCACCCGUUGCCGAGCUCGCCGCAAAGCCGCCGCAGACGCCCACCGAGCCCUUGCCGCAGCCAUCACCACCGCACACCCAGCCCUCGUCUAGCUCGCACUCGGGAGCUUCAGCGUCGGCAGCGGCGGCGACCCCUCCUUCGAUGACGCAGACCAAGGCGUUCCGCCCGGCCAUGGACGACCCGGAAGACGACCCGUGGAACUCGCCCGAGGUGCACAAGGGCCACGACCACGCAAAAGCUAACGGAGGCGGCGUCCACGGCACCGUCAACGGCCACAGCAAUGGCUUUGGCGAGACCCCGACACCGACGAUGGGCAGGGGCGCCGUCAAUCACUACACCACGACGCCGGGCACCUCGGCUUCCUCCAAUGCGGGCCGCCCGGCCAGCAGCUCCGUCUCCGGUCACGGCGGCUGGGGUUACUUUGGAGGCGCCACGCCCUCGGGGACAGGCGGCUUCCACGACCCCGUCCAAAAUGCCGCGGCCAGCCCCUUUGGCGGUGACGCCGCCUCCGGCCGAGCUCCCGGCAACGAGCCGCCCACCACGACGAUGAGGAACAGCGCCGGCCGGACGGGAAACAACGUCGAGGAGACGGUCGUCGUGACGCUGAUGCCCGGCAAGGAGGGCAUGUUCAUGUUCCAGCACCACAACUACGAGGUCGCGAGCCAGCGCCGGGGGAGCAAGGUUAUCCGUCGGUACAGCGACUUUGUCUGGCUUCUGGAGUGCCUGCACAAGAGGUAUCCCUUCCGCGUACUCCCCUUGCUGCCGCCCAAGCGGGUCGCCGUCAACGGGAACCACCUGUCCAAUGAUGGUGCCUUUAUCGAGAAGCGAAGACGGGGCCUGGGUAGAUUCCUGAAUGCGCUCGUCAGGCAUCCCGUCUUGAGCCAAGAGCAACUGGUUGUCAUGUUCCUGACAGUUCCCACGGAACUGGCAGUAUGGCGGAAACAAGCCACCAUUUCCGUUCAGGACGAGUUCAACGACCGCGCGCUGCCCCCUGGGCUGGAAGACUCGCUUCCGCCGACAUUGGAGGAGCUCUUCACUCGCACCCGCUCGGGAGUUCGCCGUUCCGCGGAGCUAUACAUCAACGUUUGCAACAUCAUGGACCGGCUCGUGAAGCGGACCGAGGGCGUGGCCGCGGACCACGCCCGCAUCGCCAUGUCUCUCACGUCGCUGACGGAGACUUCGGCGGACACGUACGCCAGCGACACCAACGAGGUGCCGCUCCUCAACGAUGGGCUCGUGGCCAUGAGCAAGCACCUGCGAACGUGCCAAACUCUGCUUGAGGACGAGAGCCGCGGGUGGGAUGAGGGCGUGCUCGAGGACCUCAAGCGACAGCGCGACGCUCUCGUCAGCAUGCGGGAGCUGUUUGAGCGGCGGGAGCGCCUGGACAAGGAUAACAUCCCUUACCUGGAGCGCAGGAUACAGACCAACGAGACCAAACUGGCGGGCCUGCGGUCGAAGCCCGAGGGCUUGGUAAAGCCGGGCGAGAUUGAGAAGGUGGCCGAGGCCAUCAUCAAGGACAAGGAGUCCAUCGUGCAGCAGCACAACCGCUCCGUCUUCGUCAAGGAGUGCAUCCGCGACGAGCUCCUGACGUUCCAGAGCACGCAGUACCACAUCAGCCGCUGGAACCAGGACUGGGCGGGCGAGCGGGUCAAGUACGCCGAGAUGCUAGCCGACAACUGGCGGCGGCUGCUGGACGAGCUCGAGGGCAUGCCGCUGGGGGAGUAGUCGUAAUACUGUAUUGCAAUGGAAUCGGCGGCAAUGAGACAGCAGGCGAGGAAAUGGAGGUCAGAGCUUGUGUAUACGAUACGAUAUAGCCAUGUCAGAGCAGGAGAGAGAGAGGAGACCUGGGGGAAGGGGCGCGUGCGAGGUGUGGGUGGGUAGGUGAAGGGGCCCGCGAGCAGGCUACGAUACCCCCUUCGUUUUUUUCCUUCUUUAUUGCCUUGACAGAAGCCCUGUUUGUUUCUUUUCGUUUGCAUGCAGACUAUCGGUUGAGUACGAAAGCAUGGGGGGGCCGUGUUUGCUUUGUUGAGCAUCGUCGUUGUCGUUGUCAUCAUCAUCAUCAUC